AUGAAUUCGAUGACUUCAGCAGGCCCCAUGGCCAACUCUGUGUUUGUGGUGGCAUCCCAUAAGAGUUACCCUAUGAUCCCAGGAGUCACGUCUCAGGUGCCUCUGAGUCCAGACAACCAGCCCCAAAUCCAUCUAGUUCCUGCAAAUUCAGUUGGUUCCAUGUCAACUGUGAACGAGUCGCCUGCCCGAAAGCCCUUGAAAGAGGGCAAGACCUUAGGGGCGGUCCAGAUCCUGAUUGGCUUGGCACACAUCGGCCUUGGCGGAAUCAUGGCCACCAUCAUCUCCGAGUUCUACAUCCCCAUCUCCUUCUACGGAGGCUUCCCCUUCUGGGGGGGCAGCUGGUUUAUCAUCUCAGGAUCCGUCUCAGUGGCAGCAGAAAAUCAGCCCAAGUCUUCUUGCCUGCUGAAUGGCAGCGUGGGCUUGAACAUCUUCAGUGCAAUCUGCUCUGCGGUUGGAAUCCUGCUGUUCAUCACAGAUCUAAGUAUCAGCAGCACAUACAAAAUUCCCAACUAUUAUGUUCCCAUUGAGAUCUGGAGUGUGAACCCUGGAAUGGCGAUUUCUAGUAUGCUGCUAAUCUUCUGCACCCUGGAGUUUUGCAUCGCAUGCACAUCUUCCCACUUUGGUUGUCAACUGGUCUGUUGUCAACACAAUAACGUGGGCACAGUCAUCCCAAAUGUCUAUGCAACCAACCCAGUGGCCAUCCCAGAACCAGUGUGUUCACUUGAUCUUAGCCAAAAGGCCGAGAAGCGAUAG